GACACCGCCAAGCCCGCUUGUUUACUUUCCAAUCGCCAGAGCCCGCCGCUGUUUAUUUCCCUUCCCCUCUUAACUACGGCCAGAUCUUCACCAGGCCCACCCAUUUUUAACUUCUUAUCGGGCCUUUUGCGCUUGGGGUCAUUCUUGUAUCUUGACCUGGCUCGGCGCUACCAAUUUCUGGCGAUCUACAUCCCUGAUCGCAGAGUGAAGCCCGUUCGGCACUCAUAGCCCCCCGUCCGUUCCUUUGGGCAUCAAACACAUCCCGACAUUGCUCGGUCUCAGACACUUCCUUUCAUCACCUAGCCCGUCGUCAUGGCUGAAGGCGAGGAGGACUUCUCCUCUCUGCCCCUACCCGAUCGCUUCGCUCACAAGAACUGGAAAGUGCGCAAGGAAGGAUAUGAGGAUGCUAAGGCACAGUUUGAAAAGUCCCCGGAUGAGUCAGACCCUGUCUUCACACCAUUCCUACAAGACCCUGGGUUGUGGAAAGGGGCUGUAGCAGACUCCAAUGUGGCUGCGCAAGUGGAAGGUCUAGGGUCUUACUGCGCGUUCUUGAAAUUCGGUGGAGUACAAGCUUGUACGAGGACUCGACCUCACACGAUCGGGCCGAUUGCGGAAAAGGGUCUCCCCUGCGCCAGACCAGCGGGCAAAGCGAGUGCCCAGGAAGCCCUUCUACUAUGCGUCGAACUAGACACAGCUGAUCCCGUCCUCGAAGACCUUCUCCCCGUUCUUUCCCACAAAGUGCCCAAAACGAUCGCUGGUGCCCUCGCUGCAUUGACAUCCCUCUACCAUAACUUUGGAUGCAAGAUUGUGGACCCCAAACCGACACUGAAAGCGCUUCCGAAAGUAUUCGGCCACGCUGACAAGAAUGUUCGAGCCGAAGCACAGAAUUUGGCGGUGGAAUUAUAUCGAUGGCUGCGGGAGGCUAUCAAGCCCCUCUUCUGGGCCGAUCUGAAGCCGGUACAGCAACAAGACUUGGAAAAGCUUUUCGAGAAUGUGAAGCAAGACGCCCCGCCCAAGCAAGAGCGCUUCACCCGGGCGCAGCAGGAUGCUAUGGCCACAGCCAGCGCAAACCCUGGAGCCGGCGAUGGAGCGGACGAGCAAGGUGGUGAGGAAUACGCCGAGGAGGAAGUGGAAGAGGUGGAUGUAUUUGAUUUGGCUGAGCCCGUCGACGUCAUGCCCAAGAUUCCCAAGGAUCUCCAUGACCAGCUCGGUUCGUCGAAAUGGAAAGACCGCAAGGAAGCUUUAGAUGCGCUUUAUACCGCCAUUAAUGUGCCCCGCAUUAAGGAUGGCCCUUACGAUGAAAUCGUGAGAGCUUUAGCCAAGUGCAUGAAAGACGCCAAUAUUGCCGUCGUUACAGUCGCUGCCAACUGUGUUGAUCUACUGGCAAAGGGAUUACGCAAUGGCUUCAUGAAAUAUCGAUCUACAAUUUUGGCACCUAUGCUGGAACGUUUGAAGGAAAAGAAGCAGUCCGUGGCAGACGCUCUGGGACAGGCACUGGAUGCUGUCUUCUCAUCAACGGACCUCUCAGAUUGUCUGGAGGAAAUUCUGGAGUUCCUCAAGCACAAAAACCCACAAGUGAAGCAGGAGACUCUCAAGUUCCUGAUCCGCUGCCUUCGCACAACCCGCACUGUACCAGCCAAGCCAGAUAUCAAGGCAAUCGCUGAUGCAGGCACGAAAGCAAUGACAGAGUCCACCGAGGCCCUCCGAUCUGGCGGUGCAGAAAUUUUGGGUACACUGAUGAAGAUCUUGGGCGAGAGGGCCAUGAACCCUUAUCUCGAUGGUUUGGAUGAGAUCCGAAAGACCAAGAUUAAGGAGUACUUUGAAACUGCAGAGGUGAAGGCUAAGGACCGGCCAAAGCCGAUCGUUGCUCCUCCCAAGCCCGCCGCACCAGCCGGUCGAAAGGUAGCUCCAGGGAAGAAGCCUGCUCUGGGAAUGAAGAAACCAGCACCCGCGGCCGCCGCUCCACCCCAAGUGGAAGAGGCGCCAGCUAAGCCUGCCGCCAGGGCGAUCCCGUCGAAGCUUGGAAAACCAGGUCUUGCUCCUCCUGGCGCGGGCCUCAAGCUCCAGCGUAAGCUCGGUGGACCAGGAGGCAUUGCAUCGCCGCAGCGACGAGUCGUCUCCCCGCCGACAGAAGAUGCAGCACCUCCACCCGCUGCGCCCAAAUUUGGUCUUGGGCGCGGCCUUGCGGGUCGUCCCAUUGCUAAGCCCGCAGCACCUGCUGAGCCAGCGCCGGCUCCGGCUGCCCCAGCAGUGAGCGCCAUGUCGGCAGCAGACCGUGCAGAAUUGGAGGAACUCCGAGCCGAGAAGGAAAGUUUCAUUCGAACAAUUGAGGAUCUGAAGACUGAGCGCUCCAAGUUCAACUCGCAGAUUACAGAGCUGCAGAACCAGAACGCACAACUGAUCGAGGAUCAUACUAGGGAUGUGUUGAGCAUCAAGGCCAAGGAGACGCAGCUGGUGCGCGCACGGAGUGACGCCGAAGCUGCGGAGCAAAAUGUUCAAAAGCAGCAACGGGAGAUCGAGAGGUUAAAGCGCGAAUUAGCAAGGGCACUUCGCGCGUCGGCGAUGAGCCCGCCCAACGCCGGGUCUGAAGCGGGCAGCCUCGGCAUUCCCGACUCUACCUCUAUCUACCAGGAACCUGCCAGCAACGGACAUGUUGCUCGCUCGGGUAUGCAUCUUGGAUCCCGAUUUGAGAGCACACGGCCACGGAGCUAUGUAUCGGCCAGCCCAAGUGAGGAGAAGGAGAAUAAUGGUCUUGAGUCACCAGGAGGACUUGGUAGCCGAGAUGCUGGCCUGGGCCUAGGAGGUCGACGCAAGCUCAGCCCUACCUACGGCCUGUCUGGAAUAGGAAGCCCAACACGUUCAUCUCGAGGCUCGGCCUAUGGAACUGAAGACGAAGGUGCGCCUCGGUCUACAGAGCCUGCCGAGAACUGGAAGCGUGCGGCGGAGGUGACAAGUCAGCUGAAAGCGAGAAUCGAACAAAUGAAGGCUCGUCAAGGGCUGUCACGACCACCCGCGCAACGUUAAUGACCAAAUCCGGAUGACUGCGAUCGAUGAUAAUGCCUCUACCUCCCUAUCUCCCUAACUUCUUUCUCUGUUCUACGCGUGUGUUAGACUAGGCUUUUGUUUGUGAUGCAUUCAUGAUUUCUGGCCUUGCGGUGGGACCUGUCUGGUCUUCUGGGCGCAUUAGGCUGGGUUUGCUGGGUCUGUACUUUUUGCGCCGGAUCUCUUGGUUUUCUUUCGUGCUUUUCCCCAUACCAACUCUGUCUUUGUUGUUUUCUCUUUCUCUAUAUGCAUAUUUUUUUUUAGGGCUCUCCAUUUGUAUCAUAGAGGACACGGGUAUGAGGCUAUCCUGUUAGUAGGCGAAUGGACUGGUUCUUGGACACCAUGAACCUUAUGCUAUAAGAAAUUUACCGUGGAACUCUCAGUACAACUACCAAUGUCUAUCUAGCAUGGUCCUUGACGUGUCAACAGAUGAGGGCAGCUUCCUUCUCUCCCAUGAUAGCUACAACGUAGAACCACAUGUUCAAAGCCCAUAAAGCUCAGCAAAAGGAUCCACAUCCGGAUCCUCAUGCCGACUAUACUCAAUCCAAUCCGCAAUCCCCUUCGCCUUCGCCUUCCCAAAAACCUCCCCAAUCCACGCCAACGUCACAUCAAUCCCAGCACUCACACCGGAAGAAGUCCAAAUAUUCCCAUCAACCACCCACCGUGCCCUCGCAACCCACUCAACCUCCGGCCGGAGCGCACUCAUCUCCCUCCACACCAUUUUAUUACUCGUCGCGCGUUUCCCAUCCAACAGCCCCGCUCGCGCGACGAGCCCCGACCCCGUACAAACGGUAAUCAGAUAUUUCAGGCUUGGAUAGGUCUUUUGGAUGAACGCGAUCGCUUCGGUGACCGGUGGGCUGGAGCCGCGGGAGCCUCGGCCGCCUGGGACCAGGAGGACGUCUAGGGGUGGGGCGGUUGCGAAGGUGUGGGUUGGGAGGAUGGAUUGGCCGGUUGUCGUUGGGAUAUCGGGGGCUUGGGUGGAGACGGGGUCUAGGGUUAUGGAGAGGAGGGCGAGGGUGAUGGAUUCGGUUCUGGAGAGGACGUUGAUGCAAUCUAGGGGGCCGAAGGCGUCGAGGGCUUGGAAGCCGGGGAAGAGGACGACUCCGAUGCGGAGGGGAGCUUUGGAUGAGGGGUUGUCUGUAUUUACCUAGUUAGUAUUGGUAUUUUGAUAGUAGGUGCACUGUGUGGUAAUGGAGGCUUACCGCUCAUGUUGAGGGAUGCAAGCUGUGUGGGAAA